AUGAUGAAAAACAAAACUGACAGCAGUCUCGGAGCUGAGCAUUCAGAUUUGAAACAUUCGACGAGUGAAACCGAAGAACUCCAAUCCUCGGAACUCGAAGUGAUAAAAGAUGAAGAGCCUCAAAUAGAUCUGAGACAGUUUCUGACGAAAGAACAAGUGCAAGAAUUCAAAAGAAUUUUCCAGGCUUACGAUGUCAACAACGAAGAUAAAAUCCCGGUCAAAGCCAUCGGAAUCAUUUUGAGAAACAUGGGAUUGAAUCCGUCCAAGGCGAUUCUCAAGAGAAUGACAAAGGAAAUCGAUCCGGAUAAAAACGGUUACGUGGAUUUCGAAAUGUUUUUACAUCCCAUGGCACGAAUGAUACACGAAGUCCCGGAAAAUCACGAGGACAUAAUCGCAGCAUUCAAAGUUUUCGACGAAGACGACGAAGGUUUCGUAUCCGUUAAAGCUUUGACCGAAUACCUCACGAACCUGGGCGAAGAUUUGGAAGAUUUCGAAAUUGAUAAUUUGAUUAAAAUGGCGGAUCCCAAAGGCACGGGCCGAGUCUACUACGAAGGAUUCGUCGAGAAAAUUUUCGGAAUCGUAAGAAACGGGAAAAAAAAGAAAAAUCUCAAAGGGAAAAAGGGAAAAAAACGAAAAAAAAAUGAAUGA